ACAACUUAAUUGGCCACAUUCCAGCAUGAUCCAAGACCACAACGAAGCCGACUGCCCCGUGUAUGCGCACCCGGCCUGCGCCCGCGACUGCCCCACCGACACCUUUCCCGAAGAGGCCAUGCCGGCCAACGUGGCGUACCAGCUCAUCUUCGACGAGCUCGCGCUCGACGGCAAUCCGAGCAUGAACUUGGCGUCGUUUGUGACGACCUACAUGGAGCCCGAGGCCGAGCAGCUCAUGCUCGCAGGGCUCAAGAAGAACUACAUUGACAUGGACCAAUACCCGCAGACGGCCGAGAUCCACAACCGGUGUGUGGCCAUUCUCUCCAACCUCUUCAACGCGCCUGGCGUGCCCACGGGCACGGGUUGCGUUGGCUCUUCGGAGGCCAUCAUGCUCGCGGGUCUUGCGAUGAAGCGCAAGUGGCGCGACCGCCGCCUCGCCGCGGGCCUGCCGGCCGACAAGCCCAACAUGGUCUUUGGCUCCAACGUCCAAGUGUGCUGGCACAAGAUGUGCAAGUACUUUGAGAUCGAGCCGCGCGAAGCCGACGUGUCGCCGGACGAGCUCGUCUUGACGGCCGAGCGCGCGCGCGGGCUCAUUGACGAGAACACGAUCGGCAUCUGCGCGAUCCUCGGGAGUACGUUCAACGGCGAAUUCGAGAACGUCCAGGCCAUCCACACGAUGGCCGAGCAGCUCAACGAGAUCCACGGCUGGGAGCUCGGCAUCCACGUCGACGCGGCGUCGGGCGGCUUCAUUGCGCCCUUUCUGCACCCGGAGCUCGUCUGGGACUUCCGCCUCCCGCUCGUCAAGUCGAUCAACGUGAGUGGCCACAAGUUCGGGCUGGUCUAUGCGGGCAUGGGCUGGGCGCUGUGGCGCGAGCCCGAAGACCUCCCGGACGACUUGGUGUUCCACGUCAACUACCUCGGCGGCGACCAAGCGUCGUUUACGCUCAACUUUUCCAAGGGUGCGAGCAACGUCAUUGCGCAAUACUACAACAUUGUGCGCUUGGGCCGCGAUGGGUACCGCGAGAUCUUGCUCCGCACCAUGCACAACGCCGAGUACCUCCGCGAGCGCCUCGUCGCGACGGGGCACUUUGCGAUCGUCGACAAGGCGCACAUGCCGCUCGUGGCGUUCUGCCUCAACGAAGAGGAGGGCAGCAAGCCGUUUACGUGCUUUGACAUCCAGGACAAGCUCCGGUCGCGCGGCUGGAUCGUGCCCGCGUACACGUGCUCGAAGGGCGCCGAGUCGCUCGUCAUCAUGCGCGUCGUCGUCAAGCAGAACUUUACCAAGUCGAUGGCCGACAUGCUCGUCAAGGACAUUGUCAAGGCGAUCGAGUUUCUCGAGGCGCACUCGCAGCUCGUCGAGGUCGCCAAGCAGGUCGCGACGUCCGAAGACGACGAAGAGGCCCGGAUCAGCAUUGACGCGUUCGUUUUUGCGCUCGGCCACACGCUCGAGCACCGCAAGUCGGGCGUCCAGACCCAAGGCGUGUGCUAAGAAGCCCCUUCGGCGAAGAGUGUCGUGUUUUUGAACAAAUCAUACUGUGUGUCAACCAAUUCUCGUGA